AUGACCAAAGUAUCAUCAUCGAUAUUUGCAGAUGUGCCGACAGUCCUCCUCCAGCCCAAGGAACUAUCUCGAAAUGUUAGCCGCCACACCCUCCCAGCAGUCUGGAUGAGAUCAGGAACAUCAAAAGGCCUCUUCCUUCAUCGGAAAGAUCUCCCCCAAUCGCCAUCAUCAUGGAAUCAAAUUCUGCUCUCUGCAAUGGGCUCCGUGCAGGGAAGUACAAACCAGAUCGAUGGCAUGGGAGGAGGAACAUCAACCACCUCCAAAGUGGCAGUGGUUGCACGAUCCACCCGUCCUGGCGUUGACGUCGAGUAUACUUUUGUCCAGGUUGCGCCGGACCAGGCCAAGGUUGACAUGACGGGGAACUGCGGGAAUAUGCUGGCGGGCGUGGGGCCGUUUGCUUUGGAUGAAGGCAUUGUGGAAGCUGUUCCUGGGGAUUCAGAGAUGGAUAUCCGAAUCUUCAACACCAACACCGAACAGACAAUCAUCGAGACAGUCCAACUAACUCCAGACGGACGCUUCCGUGAGGACGGCGACUACUCCCUCCCCGGUGUCCAGGGUACAUCGAGUCCGAUCAAGACCGCAUUUCUGAAUCCAGCCGGUAGCAUGACUGGACGGCUGUUCCCCACCGGUGCAACGCAGGAGACUUUGACUGUGCAGUCAAGAUAUACCGGCUCCUUUGCGGUGCGAGCUAGUCUGAUAGACGCUGCAAACCCAUUUGUCCUCGUCGAUGCCUCUUCGCUACCAUCUGUCCUGCAGAAGCUAUGGCCAGACAAGGGCAAUAACGUCUUUCUAUCCACGAUUGAAGACAUCCGUCGUCAGGGCGCUGUGCAAAUGGGACUAGCGAAAGACCUAGAUGCAGCGGGAUUGGUCAGGGGAACUCCGAAGAUCGCACUCCUCACCUCAGCGGGGGAUGAUGACGCCGACAUUUCACUUCUAUCCUUCAGCAUGGGAAAACCCCAUCCGAGCUUGCAGUUGACGGGCGCAGUAUGUAUCGGUGCCGCGAUGAGUAUCCACGGGACCAUAGCAUGGGACCUCGCCAAUGACAGACAGAAAGAUGGAACCCCACGACAUGGCAUGGCAGUUGAAGGACACCAGAUUGCUGCUCCUAUUCCCUGGCGGAUUCGACAUCCUGCCGGAGUCAUCACGGCAGAGACGGUGUUGGGGAUGGGAAAGAAUGGGACGGUUCAUGUGGAUAGAGUGGCCGUGUAUCGAACUGCUCGGAGGCUUUUUGAGGGGAAUGUAUUCUACAGAGCUUGA